AUGAGCUCAGAGAUAACUGCUUCUGUAAGCGCAGAUGAAGAUCAUGGGUAUCAGAGCCGAGAAUUGCUAAUUAGCAUAAGAGAAACCGAUCCACCUUAUGAGGGUAGUAUUUAUCAGGUACCUAACCGCCUUCGCAUGGUAAAUGAAAAAGCUUACAUACCUCAGUUAGUCUCAAUAGGGCCUCUUCAUCAUGGUAAAGAGGAAUUAGCUGGAAUGGAAAAGCGAAAAGCAUCAUAUUUAAUACAUUUUUUUAAGAGGACAUCUCUUACCAAGCAAGACCUUUUAAGAUGUGCAUUUCUGCAAAACUACCCAUCAAAAAACCAUCAGAAGGGAUAUAUUACAAAGAUACCUAAUGCCGUUAAGCUGUAUGGAUCAGGAGUCAAGUUUAAGCGUCAUGAUGUUCCAGACUGCUUACUUGACAUCAGACUUGGAGAGCAGAAGCAAAGAAUCCCAUGCUUCAAAGUGAAGGAGUUGAAAUUACCAUUUCUUCCGGUAGAUGACAACACGGAGCCUCUGCUCAGAAAUAUAAUGGCUUUAGAGCAGCUUCACUACUCAAACGAUGCGUGGAUUUGCAGUUAUGUUAAACUUCUGGAUUAUUUUAUUGAAACUGAAGAAGACGUGGAUUUGCUUCAUGGAAAGGGGAUUAUUGAGAACUGUUUGGGCGAUAAUGCUUCUGUGGCAAAUAUAUUUAACAAAAUUUGCAACGAAAUUUCUUUGACAGAAUCUUCUUACUACAACAUCACCAGGGACUUGAAAGCACACUAUAGAAAUCCUUGGAACCAUUCCAAGGCAAAGUUGAGUAGUGUGUAUUUCAACGAUCUUUGGACAGGCACAGCAAGUGUUGCAGCAAUUGUACUGUUGCUGCUUACUGUAACGCAAACUGUUUUUUCUAUCUUGUAA